AUGGCUCUCUUCUCCGCUCUGUCAGAAUAUCUGGGUCAGCCACGUCUGUUAGGAUGUGUGGCUCUCUUGGCUUGGCUCGUCCUCUUCCAUCUCCUGGUGAAUGUUUGGCUUCUCUGCCUCUUCACCAGUUUCUUGGUUGUCCUGGGCGGCUGGCUGGGCUCUCGGGCUUUACUGGACGCAAACAGCCUGCUACAUUUAGAGCACUUCCUCCCAUUGGGUAAGCUGAACCCUCCUGUGUAUUCUCCUGAACACGAGUGGAGGUUAAACCAUGAGAUCCACAGCGCUGCACAUAAAGCGGUCCGGGAUUUUGUCUCGUCAUGGUACCGCACUGUCCUGCCUGAGGUGGAGGGCGAGUUUGAGAGGGCAGUCCUGAACUCGAUGCUGGAGUCUGUGAUGGAGCUGAAGGAGCGUGCACGCAGAGUUGACAGAAAGGAGUUGAUUCAGAGGUUGUUGGAGGUGUAUGGGUGUCAUCUGCAAAGCUACAUGACAGCAAAACAAAUACAGGCUUCACAUACAAAGGAUAUGAGUCUAUGGGAGAUUUACAGUGAAGUGGACACGCCCCAUCCCGCUGUGCGCUUGGACGAGCGGACCUACUCCACAGCUCUGGUAAACCUGGUCUUAAAUGUUCUCGUCCCGUACCCUCAGAUGGAGACUAGAACUGGUGGUUACAUGGUUACUGAACUCAUCACCUGUAAUGUUCUGCUGCCACUUCUUCAUAGAGUGGCUGACCCGGAUUGGCUCAACCAAACUAUAGUGGAAAUCUUCACCCGUUCCAAAGCUCCUCCAGAAAUGACCCCGCUUCCCACUGAUACACUGUAUAGGUGUCCCAUUCCGCAGGAGUCCUGGACCACCUGUCGCUCACUGUCCUCCUCAGACCCUCCAGGAUUGGUCACUUCAACUUCGUCAGAUUCUGAGGAGCAGCUAAGUCCUAAAACACCUUCUGAGGAUUCACCCCAAAGCUCCAUGGUUAGCAUAGUGUCUAGUGACAAAACAGACAGCCGUCCGGAAAGUAGAAUUGCACAAAACAAUAUAACCUGCUGUCCGCUACGUACAGUUAAAUGCUCCACUAUACCCCAGUGCAAAGUGCCCUCCCUGGCCUCACUUUUACAGUCAGAUUCAGAUUAUGAUUUAAAAGGGCGUUUCUGUGAUUGUGGUCCGUCUACCAACUUUUGCAAAGCGAUUUCUUUGGAUGAAGAUGAACCAUUUGGAUGUUUUGCGACGCUAAAAAAUCUUGGGCCUAAACAGGUUGUUCCAGAGGAGUCUCUGGGGCCAGCAGGCAUGUCCCAGGACAACUCACCUUCAAGAAAGUUUGAUCAAACAUUGGACAGUCUUAACCACUCCCCAGCACCUGUGAACAUCCAAAACGUACAUAUAAGUGGCACUACUACAGCCAAAGAGCAGCGUGGCACAAGCACUCAUCUCUUUACUGUCUAUACGAUAAAGUUUGAUACAUUAAAUGAAUCUGAAAAUGGUGACACUCAGCAGUCUUUCUCCAGUCACACAGUCAACCGCAGAUACAGCGAGUUCCUCAACUUGCAAACACGCCUGGAGGAGAAGCCAGAAAUGAAGAAACUACUAAAAAAUAUCAAAGGUCCCAAAAAGAUCUUCCCAGACAUUUCAUUUGGCAAUUCAGACAGUGAGAAGGUGGAAGCUCGUAAAUACCAACUUGACACCUUUCUCAAACAACUGAGCAGUAUUCCUGAGACAGCCAACAGUGAGGACAUGCAAGAGUUCCUCGGCCUCAACUCUGACGUCUGUGCUCACUUUGGAAGGAGGCCUGUCGGCAAAUCAAGAAUUGAUAAGAUGAUGGAAAAUGCACUGGACACUUUGAAGACUGCCUUUCCCUACCCAGACCUGAGUCCAACUGAGGACUCUGAUGUAGACACGGACGGGAGAAUGCCGGAGAUCAGGAAGUACAGGAGGAUGUUCCAAAAUAGGAUGUCUACAUCUCUGAAUAUCUCUGAGCUGCCUCCUAAAGUGACAUACUGCUACAGUGUGAGCAGUCCUAUGCUCAAUGGAAUGACACUCCCAGGCCUGGAAAACUUUGUGAAGGAUCAAGAGCAACGCAUAUGUAGUUUAUCUGAGAAAGAGACCCAGGAAUUGUGCAGUGAGCAGUUUGGUAAAAACACAAAAGCCUCUGGGAAAUCCAGCACAGAUACAGCUGUGGCAGAUGUGGCCUUGAGCAUUCUGUGUCUGUUGAUGAAGGACCAGUGGAGCUGGUUGUGCACUGAGAACAUCCAGAAGACCAUCCGACUGCUCUUUGGCACCUUCAUAGAGAGGUGGCUGGAUGUGGGGGUGGCCCACCUGACCAGCGCCCCCUGCUGGGUGAUUUACCUGCAGGUUCUACAGGAGGCAGUGUGGCCGGGCGGCUCAUUACCUGCUCAGCCCCGUCCUGAGCGGAGUGUUGCUCAGAGAGAGGAGACCAAGGAGAGAUGCGUGGAGUGUCUGAUGCAGCUCAUUCCACAGUUGGUAACUGAAAUGCUGGGGACGGAGAAGUUUCGUCUGAGUCUGGAGACAGUACUGGAGUCUUUACAGGACUAUCAGAUAAACAAGCACCUGCUCUACUGCAUUUGUGAUCUGCUGCUGGAGCUGCUCAUUCCUGAGUCAUGCGAUGAGUCCUUUCAGACGUCGCUGUUACAGAGACUUGGAAAAGACACAGAAAAAUACAAUAAUCAGCACAUUUGAGCAGAUGCACCACGCUCCCAUACUGUAAGCAUAUCAAGUGGCCUUUUUGUCUUCAGGAGGCGUCUCAGUGUCUCUUC